AUGGCGGCGGACACAGCUCAGGCUGACACGGAGCUCAAAUCCUCCCUGAUGCAAAAAAUCACUCUGUUGGAACAAAAAAUAGCAGAACAAGCACAAGAAAUCCAACUGAAGGACAGGAGGAUUGCUGAGCUUGAAGAGAAGAUGAAGACCCUUCAGAAAGAAGAAGAUCCUCCUGACUCAUUCACAACAGAGGAACUGGAAAUUAGGUACCUUCAGCUGCAGCUCCAGGUCUGGCAAAUGGAGCAGUUUCUGAACGACUAUGGUCUGAUUUGGGUUGGAGAGAGAUCUGAAGAACUGGAAGACAUAGAAUUGCUCAAGGAUGAAGAAGAGCAGCCAGGAAGGAGCUUCUGGAAGCCAGGUGAAGCAGUUGUUCCCCAACACCACAUUGAUUUUGAUUUACUCUUGGAGAAGGUGAAGGACCUGAACUUGCUGGCUGGAGAGGGCACCUCUCACAUCGAGCACAAGCCUGGGGGAGCUCGGCUCAGGCAGCCAGAACCCCUCCCUCUCACACUGUAUCAGAAUGGGAUUGUCAUGUUCAACGGACCCUUUCGGCCCUAUGCGGACCCAUCCACACAGCAAUGCCUACAGGAUAUUAUGGAUGGCUAUUUCCCUUCGGAGCUGCAGAUGCGUUACCCUGAUGGCAUCCCAUUGCAGGUCACUGACAGAAGGAACAUGGAAUUUCAGGACAGAGACCCUCCAGGGAGUUUUCCUGGUCACGGCCAAGUGGUUGGCCAUUCAAAACCAAGUGAGGGGCAGGAAACCACCCAGAUCCCAGGUCCCAAAAUCUCCUUGGAGCAGCUUCUCAAUGAGCUUUCCAAGCCCUUGAAACACAGAGGAGAGGCAAUUGGUGCCCACAACUCAGGCAGAGCAGCACAGCAGGCUUCUGAAGGGGUGCGCAGCAGCAAAGAGAUCCUGGUGGAGACACCCAGGCUGCCUGCCCUGGAGAGGGUGAAGGCGGCUGAAGAGGCUGAAGCUCCUGCCCCUGGUGUCUGCACUCUCCGCAUCAGAUCAGAGAGCGGGGAGCAGAUGUACAUCAUAAAGAUGCUGUUCACGGAGACCAUCGGGGACCUGCGCCAGCACCUCGCCCGUGCCAGGGGUGGAGACUUCGACUCCUGUGAGAUCAUCAGUACCUUUCCCAAGAGGGUGUACUCGGACAACUCACAGAGCCUGCAGGAAUGUGGCCUGACCUCCAACGCCUGCUUACUGCUGCAGAGACCCUGGCCAGCAAGAGGGCUACAAACAGCUUAA